AUGGAUCGCUUCGCUGCUACAGAGGGCGUUGAGCCGCACGACAGCUACUCCCAGAUGGAGCCGUUCUCGGCCAGCGAGACGGCGAUCGAGCGGGACCUCCGGCUCCGGAUACGGGACUUUUACCGAACCAGCGACAACCGCGAUCUGGACGAGCGCUGGAUCGAGUUCUACACGCCUGGCGCCAAAGCCAAGAUUGGACCUCAGGCGGCCGAGAAGCAUGAGAACCUCCGACAACUACGGACGGCGAUGUGGAGCUCUGUCUCGGCGAGGAAGCACUGGAUCACGAGCGCGAUCGGCUCAGCUACCGAGAAGGGUGUGCACGUCAUGCUGAAGGGGGGAGUAAGGCGCAAGGGUUUGGAUGGAAGUGAAAACGUGUUCAGCUGGGCUGGUAGUGCACAGUGGGUGAGGCAUGAUGGGGAGUGGCGGAUGGAUGCAUAUCGAGUCUGGCUCGACCAGUGGACUGAGAUCGAGGGCGAGCUGCCUGCUGUGUCGCAGUUCUAA